AUGCGUGUGCUGCUGACCAACGAUGACGGUCCGUUGAAUGAUCAGUUCUCAGGUUACAUCAGGCCGUUUGUUCAAGUUCUGAAGAGACUGUAUCCGCAUUGGGAAUUGACUGUAUGCGUGCCGCAUGUGCAAAAAUCGUGGAUAGGUAAAGCUCAUCUGGCAGGUAAAAAGUUGUCCGCGCAGUUUCUGUAUUCCAAGAUGGAUUCCGAUGAUAAUAGCUAUCUGGGACCCUUUAUUCAACCGCAAACCGCCGCUAGUAACUCGAAGUUACCUCGGACCGUUAUAAACACAGAGGUGUCACAUGACGAUAUCGAAUGGAUAUUGAUUGACGGUACUCCAGCGUCUUGCGUGAACCUUGGCUUGCAUCAUUUGUCUACUGAGAAGUUUGAUCUGGUUGUCUCGGGUCCGAAUGUGGGUAGAAACACUAGCGCAGCGUAUAUCACUUCUAGCGGGACCGUUGGCGCCGCCAUGGAAGCGGUUAUAGCGGGAAACGUAAAAUCUGUGGCGGUAUCCUGGGCUUAUUUCGAUGGUGUGAAGAAUGUUAGCAGUUCUUUGAUGGAGAUGGCUUCCAAGAGGUCUUUGCAAAUCAUUGACCAUUUGUACCACAAUUGGGACCCUCGCACAGAUUUCUAUAGCAUCAACGUUCCUCUGGUUGAGAAUCUGUCCUACGAGACCAAGGCCGUUUAUACAUCUAUUUGGGAUAACAGAUGGGGUCCUAUCUUUAGUGGUCCGCACAUCGAAUGCGGCCCCACUAACGAUGAAAUUGAGGACGGCAGCGAGAAUCAAAUGAUAUCUUUCGAGUGGGCGCCGAACUUCAAGUCACACACAAGCUCUAAGCACCAUACAAACGAUGAUGUGGUCGAUAGAGACAUUGUCGAAGAUGGGAAGAUCAGCGUCACAGGUAUAAGGUCGACUUAUCUACACAGUGUUCAUCUCAAUGGUGAAUUGCCUCUGCGAGCGCCGGACAAGGAUGUUUCGGACGUAUCAUUUGUAAUAACCAUCGAUCCAAAUGAUUAUAUACACGGCCCGCUAAAGAACGCGAUUACCAAAUGGAUUCCUAAUGCCCAGAUCGUGACGACAUUACCAGCGAAAAGUGGAGGAAGCCAGCGGCUUUUCCACUAUGGGGAUUACGAAGACCUUGACAUGGAAAGGCUUGCCUCGGGUGCAGAAAGUUACUUUGCAAAUUCAUACAUUUACCGGAAGGCUCUCAUAAGGAAGCAUUAUCUGACACAAACGAUUAACCAUUUUGUUGCCAAGAAUCCUAAGUCUAUCCUAUCGAGGGCUUAUCUAGAGUCUUUCAUCAUUGAUCUAGAUUAUGCAGAGUUUCUGGAUGAUGCGCUGGAUGAAAACUGGGAACUAAGACAAGAACUUGAGUCUGAACAAUAUUGGUGGAUUGUUAAACCGAGCAUGAGUGAUAAGGGACAGGGGAUAAGAGUCUUCAAAACCAUCGAGGAUCUGCAAGCUAUUUUCGAUUCCUUUGACGAAGACGACAUUGAUGAUGAAGCUAACGUCGUCGAUAGCAACAGAAUCAUCAUCUCGCAACUGCGUCACUUCGUUAUACAACGCUACCUGGAAAAGCCACUACUGCUUCCAUCAAUGAACAACCGAAAGUUUCAUAUAAGAUGCUACAUCAGCUGCAGAGGGGCUUUGAAAGUGUACGUUUAUGACAGAAUGUUAGCUCUCUUUGCACCAAGUAAGUUUGAAACUCUUGAUCAUGAUCGAUAUUCACCGACAAGCGUGGAUGACCUCGCCUGUCAUCUAACUAAUACAUGUUUGCAGUCCAAAAGAGCCCAAAAGGAGCUUUCAGUGGUUGAAUUUGAUUCGCUAAAUGAUCUAACCCUCGAUGACAAACUGAGAAUUAAACAACAAAUACACCAGGUAGCACAUGACAUCUUUUUGGCAGCAGUACAGGUCAACAGCUUUAAUUUCCAACCAUUACCGAAUGCUUUCGAGACUUUUGGUGUUGAUUUCCUCGUGGACGAAAAUCUUGACAUUAAGCUGCUGGAAAUCAACGCUUAUCCUGAUUUUAAACAAACUGGGAAUGAUUUGAAGGAUCUAAUUGACGGCCUGUUCGACCAUGCUGUCGAGAAGCUGGUUCUUCCAUUGUUACAACGGGAAGAAUCGGCAAAUAAAACGUCACAUAGCGAUUUCGUCCAAGUCCUUGAUUAUUCCCCUAAUGAUUGGCGCUAA